AGAUAUUAUUUCCCCCUGAUGCUUUCCUGAAAGCUCCUGCAAUCAGCUACAGGUCAGAAUCCUCGUCUCCAACACUGGACUCCCUCUGAGACUCACGGAAAAGACUAUGACAGGAGAAAAUCAGCUUCCUGUUUGGAUACCCACUAGCCAUUUAAAGUUCUACAAUGAACCCAUCAGAGAUGCAAAGAAAAGUGCCUCCACAGAGACAGAAAACCCGCAAUCGAGCAUCAUUGGCUCACCAGGUGAACAAAAUGGUGACAUCAGAAGAACAGACGAAGUUGCCAUCCACCAAGAAAGCAGAGCCGCUGACCUGGGCCCAACUAAAGAAGUUGACACAGAUAGCUGAAAAAAGCCUGAAGAACACAAGGGUAACACAAACUCCAGAGAAUAUGCUGCUUGCAGCUUUAAUGACUGUAUCAACAGUGUCUACAGGUGUAUCCAGCAGCUCCAGAGAGACAGCGACCAGCGAGAACAGGCCAUGA